AACUUACUUUUAUAAACAAUCAUCGCAAGAGUUGCCAAGAAGUAAAAGAUGUAAUAAAACCCGUUUAUAUAAAGUAGAAUCUGUAAAGGAACAGAUGAGAGAACUGACGAAGUUCUUCCUCGCCUGGCCGCCGCCAUGUCGGCCGCCCGCCCCCAGCGGUCCUCCAGCGUCCCGGCAGCCCCCGCGCGGCCCCGCCCCGCCCCUCGCUCUUCGGCUGCGAUCGGAGCGUUCGGCCCGGUUCGGUCUCUUUCGGGCGGCUUCGGGCAGUGCCCGUUCGGGCGCCGCCGUUCGGGCCGGCGAAGGCGUUCGGAGGAGGUUCGGAAGAGCUCGGCUUUCCUCGCGACCGCCUCAGCCGCCUUCGGGCGAGAUCGGAAAAGACUCGAGCGGGUUCGGGAUUCUUCGACCCCGCGGGCCGGACCGCUCGGGGACUCGGCCCUGUUCGGGCGCGCUCGGGCGGGGAGCCCGAGCUGUCAGGUAUCGCUUCGGGCCGCGGCCUCGGCCGCGUCCCGCUCUGGGAUUGGCCAGCCGGCAGGCAGCGCGGGCCUCGCUCGUCGGGAGCCAUCGGACGAGGCCCGGCAACGCUCGGCACGCUUCGGGCCCCCUCGGAAGCGCUCGGCCCGCCCGGGGGAAGCACGUUCGGAAACGCUCGGCUCAGCUCGGAACCGCUCGGCCGCCCUCCGCCGAGCGCCCGAGCGGCCUCGGGGGGAUCCCCCCCAACGCCCCGGGGCCCUCUCGGCGGGGCUCGGGGCCGCUCGGGCGGGCUGGGUCCCGCUCCCCUCCCGUCCCCCAAACCCCCCCGGGCCGCCCCGCAUGGAGGACGCCGACUCGGCGGCCAAGCAGCUGGGCUUAGCGGAGGCGGCGGCAGCGGCGGCCGCAGUGGCGGCGGCGGCGGCGGCCGUGGAAGGGCCCGAACAACAACAACAACAACAACAACAGCAGCAGCGGGGGCCGCCACAGCAGCCGCAGCCCGCGGCCUCGGAGGCGAAGGCGGAGCGGCGGCAGGAAGAGGCGGCGCGGGUGACGGCCGUGACGGUGAUGGCGGCGGACGCCCAGCACCUCGAGAUGGCGGCCGGGGCCCUGCCCAGCGCCGACGAGGCCGCCGCCUUCGCAGAAGUCACCACAGUAACAGUAGCCAACGUCGGUGCCUCUGCAGACAAUGUUUUCACCACAUCAGUGGCAAACGCAGCUUCAAUUUCAGGACAUGUGCUGUCUGGGAGAACGGCCCUCCAAAUUGGGGACAGCUUGAAUACUGAAAAAGCCACUCUCAUAGUCGUUCACACAGACGGCAGCAUUGUAGAAACCACGGGGCUGAAGGGGCCAUCAGCACCUCUCACACCAGGACCGCAAUCUCCUCCUACCCCUUUAACAUCUGUCCAAGAGAAAACUGGAACCAAGUAUAACUGGGACCCAUCUGUGUAUGACAACGAACUCCCGGUGAGGUGCCGGAAUAUCAGUGGGAUUCUGUAUAAAAACAGACUUGGCUCAGGAGGCCGUGGCAGGUGCAUUAAGCAAGGGGACAACUGGUACAGCCCCACCGAAUUUGAAGCUAUGGCAGGACGAGCCAGCAGCAAAGACUGGAAGAGGAGCAUCCGCUAUGCUGGGAGACCGUUGCAGUGCCUUAUUCACGAUGGGAUUUUAAAUCCUCACGCUGCCUCUUGUACUUGUGCUGCCUGCUGUGAUGACAUGACUCUGAGUGGCCCCGUACGACUAUUUGUACCAUACAAACGGCGAAAAAAAGAUAGUGAAAUGUCUGCAAAUACUGUGAAGAAGGAAUCCUCCAAAAAUAUCACUCUGCUUCCUGCCACAGCUGCUACUACAUUCACCGUGACUCCUUCUGGACAGAUCACUACCUCCGGUGCUCUGACCUUUGACCGCACAUCGACAGUGGAAGCCACAGCAAUUAUCUCAGAAAGUCCAUCCCAGGGUGAUGUUUUCACAGGAGCCACUGUUCAAGAUACCAAUGUUCAGCAGCCUUGCCGGGUCAAUCACCCAGAACCUCACUAUCCAAGUUACCAGGACAACUGUCAGAUUUCACCUUUUCCUGAAGCUGCGCUGCCAACAUCUCAUCCCAAAAUUGUGUUGACCCCAAUCCCUGCUCUCUCGGUGCCCCCCUCAACCCCCACGAAAGCCAUCUCGCCAUCAGUGGUGAAUGGGCUGGAAGUGACCGAGCAACGAAGCUGGCUGUACUUGGAGGAGAUGGUCAAUUCCCUGCUCAACACCGCCCAGCAACUGAAGUCUCUCAUCGAACAGGCCAAGCAGGCCAGCUCCUCUUUCCGCGAGGCUGCUGUCACGCAAGCGAAAAUUCAAGCUGAUGUGGAGAGGAAAGAGCAAUAUCAGAACCAGUUAUUUCAGCAAACAGAAGAUGUGGAUGGGAAAACAGAAAUCAUCAUCAAGCAGUCCUGUGUCAACUGUGGUCGUGAGGCAAUGAACGAGUGCACAGGAUGCCAUAAAGUCAACUACUGCUCCACUUUCUGUCAGCGGAAGGACUGGAAGGAGCACCAGCACAUCUGCGGUGAGUCAACCACAGUGACGGUGCAAGCCGACGAGGUGCAUGUCACAGACAACGUAAUAGAGAAAGUCUCCGUCUGAACAAACCUACCUCAUUAACCUUCCAUGAACAAUGUGGUGCAGCCGGCUGGAUCGGCAACCUUAUGUGAAUUGUCUGUCCUUUACAAACAAACUCAUUUUUGAAAGACUUUUUAAUACUGUGAUAGCAUUUGCCUACUCCCGAUUCUAUUCCAAAACUUUGAGUAAUGCAGGAACUGAGAAAACCUGAUCUGGAAAAAGCAAACUGCAGCCUACCAGCCACCUUCAGCUUGAGGAAGCUUCGACUUUGCCGAAACCUCCACUGUGUGGAUUACAACAAUCUCUUCAUCUCUCUUGAGAUGGAUUUAAAACAAUUGCUGCAAUGAGAUUUGCCAGUAUUUUGUUUCCCCUGUGCCUCCCUACCUCUUGUUUGAAAAAAAGGAAUGAUCCUUCAUUCGGUUUAUUUAAUUGCCUUGAAAAAGUACAAACUCUUAAUUUGCCUUUGGAAGGACUUUUUUUUUCCCGUGUUCCCUCUGUGCUGGGCAAAUUUGGAACACAUUGGAGCUUCUGCACUUGAAUACGAGUGAAAAAUAACAUGUUGUUAAAUAAAAUG